AUGUCCACAUCCACACCCACCCCAGUCACGCUCUCCUUCGAGGCAAUCGACGACCUCAUCUACGACGCCCGCGCAGGCGAUCUGGAAGCCCUCAAGGCAGACCUCGCCGCCCAAAGCAAAGAGCACAACUGCCCCGAGGCCUGGAUCAUCGCCUCCGCCGUCGACGCGGAGCCCGAGGCCGAGGGCGGCACGGGCUCCUGCCUGCUUCAUUUCCCUGCGGCGAACGGCAACGCUGAAAUUCUCAACUAUCUUCUGGCGACUCUAACCGCGCAGUCUGCGGCGCCGCUGUCGGCGGAGCAGAUCGCGGCUGUGGUUAACCAUCGCAAUCACUCGGGGAAUACGCCCCUGCACUGGGCUGCGCUGAACACGCACCUUGACUGUGUCAAGGCGCUUGUUGAGGCGGGUGCGGAUAUCGCUGUUAAGAAUGAUGCGGGGCUGGAUGCUAUUUUCCUGGCGGAGAGGACUGCCUGGUCGACCGAGGAGGAGGGCAAGGAGGCUGAGGGUGCCGGGCAGGCGUCUGCUGAGGAGGAAGGUGCUGGAGAGAUGUUCAAGGGCCGGCAGGUUGUGGAGUGGUUGCUGAGCUCUGAUAAGGCAGGUGACUUGGAGGGAGGUCUCAGUGUUAGUGCUGGUGUUGGUGCCGAGGGGUCGGCGUCGGCGUCGGGGUCUGGUUCUGGGGAGACGAUGGAUGUGGAUGAGAAGAAAUGA